CACUUCUAGAUCGAACCACUCAGAAAAGAAAACACAAUUCACUAAAUUAAUUAACAAACAAAAAAGAUGGAGAAUUUCCCAGUUGUGGACAUGGAGAAGCUCAAAGGUGAAGAUAGAGAAGCUACCAUGGCAUUGAUCAAAGAUGCCUGCGAGAACUGGGGAUUCUUUGAGCUGGUGCAUCAUUCGAUUCCAAUUGAACUUAUGGACAAGGUGGAGAAGUUGAACAAAGAGCAUUACAAGCAAAGCAUGGAGAGUAGAUUCAAAGAGCUAACGGCAGCCAAAGCCCUUCAUCAUCAUGAUCAACUCCAAACAGAGGUCACCGAUAUGGACUGGGAAACCACCUUCUUCAUCCGCCAUCUCCCUAACUCGAACAUCUUCGAGAUCCCAGAUCUCGAAGAUGAAUACAGGAAAGUGAUGAAGGAAUUUGCUGAAAGAUUGGAGGUUGAAGCGGAAAAUCUCUUGGACUUGUUCUGUGAGAACUUGGGGCUGGAAAAGGGGUACUUGAAAAGAGCCUUCUCUGGCUCUAAAGGUCCAAACUUUGGGACUAAAGUGGCUAACUAUCCACCAUGCCCUAAACCGGAGAUGUUCAAGGGUCUCCGUGCCCAUACCGAUGCCGGUGGUAUCAUUUUGCUCUUCCAAGAUGACAAAGUCAGCGGCCUUCAACUCCUCAAGGACGAUAAACAUUGGAUCGACGUCCCCCCAAUGCGCCACUCCAUCGUGGUCAAUCUCGGUGACCAACUAGAGGUGAUAACAAACGGAAAGUACAAGAGUGUGGUUCAUAGAGUGGUGGCUCAAACAGAGGGGACGAGGAUGUCGAUUGCUUCCUUUUACAACCCGGGAAACGAUGCCGUGAUCUCUCCUGCGCCUACGUUGGUCGAGAGGGAGGCCGAGGAUGUGUACCCCGAGUUUGUAUUCGAUGAUUAUAUGAAACUCUAUGCAUCAUUAAAGUUUCAGGCCAAGGAGCCCAGGUUUGAAGCUAUGAAAACUAUCAUCCAUCAGGAGGCAGCUAAUAAUACCAAUAAUGUCAACAAUAAUAUUGCUCCAACUCCAAUUGCCACAGCUUGAUUGAUCCGAGAUUAAUAAUUAAUUAAGGUCUAUUAUUAUUAUUAUUAUUAUUAUAUAAAUGUGUGUUAUUUUAAGUUGUUUUUUUAUAUAUAAUAAAAAAACAGUCUAUUAUAAGUAGAAAGACAAAAUCUCAAGGGUUGCUUUGGUAGAAGUCAUCAGUUUUAAUUAUUACUUGAGUGUUUGUGUGUGUCACUGCUACUAUGUAAUGUCAGAUUCUCAAUAUUUAUUGAAAUAAUUAUUAGUU